AUGGAAUUGGAUGAGUUGUUCAAACACAAACAAAGAGGUCAAUGCAAAGAUGAUUUCAUAAACACUCUCACAGACGAAGCGCUUGACAAAUGCACCAUACCUGAGAUAAACCUAAAUGAUUUUGAAGGAAUGUCAGAAGAUGAAGCACCACAAGAGAAACUGAGUGAUAGUGAGGGUGACGAUGAAGACAAAUUGCAGUUUCAAUACUUAACCCAUGAUCUGAAGGUGAAAUGGAAUACUAUGAAGCCAUUUCGUAGGGAGAGGUAUGAAUCACCACACCAACUAAAGCUUUGUUUGACAAAUUACUCUAUAAGCAGGGGUUAUCUAAUUAGGUUCAAGAAAUGUGAUAAUGUAAGGCUCGUGGCUAUAUGUGCGAGUAACCCUGAGAAAUUUCAAUGUCCCUUUAUUGUAAGGGCCUCAUGGAUGAGCACUAAAAGAUCGUUCCAAAUCAAAAAACCGGUUGAGCAACAUACAUGUGUUAGGAAUUUCCGUAGUGCUAAUAUUAUGGAUCCCACAUGGAUAGCUAGGCAGUUUUUGAAGGAGAUGGUUAGGAAGCCAAAUCUAAAAUGGUCAUUUGGAAGCUGUAAAGGUUGUACUACGACAUGUGGAGCACAUAGAAUGUGCAAGACAUGUGUAUGCAAAUUUCAGAAAGGUAUUCAUUGGUAUACAGUUCAAGAAUAUGUUUUGGACAGUUGCAAGUCAACUGUUGAGGGAGACUUCAAAUUGAAUAUGGAGAAGAUCAGAGAAGUCAAUCCUGCUGCUUAUGAUCAUUUGAUGGCAAGGGAGCCUAAAUCUUGGUGCAAGUCAUUUUUUAAAGGCGGAAUGGCAUGUGAGUAUGUUGAAAAUGGAAUGGCAGAGUGUUUUAAUGCCAUCGUACUUGGUGCUAGAGAGAAGUAUUUGUUGGCCAGGCUUGAGGAGAUUAGACUAUAUAUGAUGGAAAAUGUUAUUUAA